UGUUUGAAGAUGCAGAUCUGAACCUAGUCAUCCCAUCUGCUCUAUUUGCCGCUGUGGGAACAGCGGGUCAGAGGUGCACAACUGCCAGAAGGCUGUUCCUCCAUAAAAGCAUCCACGAUGAGGUGGUUGCAAAGCUUGCAAAGGCCUAUGCCCAGGUCCGCAUCGGUGAUCCAUGGGAUCCUGACACUCUGUAUGGGCCUCUUCAUACCAAAGAAGCAGUGAAAAUGUUCCUUGAUGCAGUAGAUCAAGCAAAACAACAGGGUGGCUCUGUGGUCUAUGGUGGGAAGGUUAUAAAUCGUCCUGGAAACUAUGUUGAACCAACCAUUGUGACUGGCCUUCCUCAUAAUGCGCCCAUUGUCCACACUGAGACGUUUGCCCCCAUACUGUAUGUGCUGAAAUUUGAGGAGGAAGAGGAGGUUUUUGCAUGGAAUAAUGAAGUGAAACAAGGUCUUUCCAGCAGUAUCUUUACCAAGGAUUUGGGAAGGAUUUUCCGCUGGCUUGGGCCAAAGGGAUCUGACUGUGGCAUUGUGAAUGUCAACAUCCCAACCAGUGGGGCUGAGAUUGGAGGUGCUUUUGGUGGUGAAAAGCACACUGGUGGGGGAAGAGAAUCUGGUAGUGAUUCAUGGAAACUUUAUAUGAGACGGUCUACUUGUACAAUCAACUACAGCAAGGAUUUACCUUUGGCUCAAGGAAUCAAGUUUCAGUAACAGCCUCAUGAAUGGCCGUGCCAUGAACUCUCCUAGCAUUUCAGGACCAACCACCUUCUAAGCCUCAUGGUGAAGAAAGUUAAUCAUCUGAAACUUCUCUGCAGCAAGGAUACUAAUCCUGUCCAAAAAUUAGGUACUUCAAACAAAUUGUUUA